UGCUGAUUGGAUCAUUUCCUCUUCUGAGACACACACACACACAGUGAGACCCAGGAAAGAGGUUGACUACUAAACUGAAACCUGUACAUUUUUCUCACAGUACAUGUAGUAACUACACAAUGGCCUGUACAUUACCACUGGCAUUCCUUGUCCUUCAUGGAUUUCUCUCUCUUUCAUCAGCAGAUCAAUGCGAUUCUUAUUUCCAACCUGGAACUGACUUCACCAUCCCUCUUAAUUACAAUGACUUGAGUUCGAAAGAAAUAACCUGGAAACACAAUGGCAACGUUAUAUUUAAAAGAAAGAAUGGAAUGUUCAAACCAGGCAAGACUGAGGACAUCUUAGAUGAUGGGUCUCUCCAGCUCAAAGGCCUGGCGUUGGCAAACGAAGGUACUUACAAAGCAGAUGUGUUCGACAGCGACGGGAGAAGCAUCAAAGAACAGUCCUUCAGGCUGUGUAUGAAGGAAAAGGUCUCCAAGCCCUCAGUGAAAUUCACCUGUUCUGCUAAGGACGUCACCUUAACCUGUACCUUGACCAACACUGAGGGAGUGACUUUCAAGUGGAGCAAGAACAAACUGCCUUUAAAUGGGGAAACAAAAACAACCUUUAUCAUCGAUCUGAAAGACCUGAAAGAGCUGGACACCUUCACCUGCUCUGCAGUCAAUGAGGUCAGCAUGGAGAAAAGUGACACCAUCAAACCAACAUGCAAAGCUGUCUCAAAAUCGGGUGAUCCUCAGUUACUGUUGGGAUUUGAUUUCCUGACCAUGGUGGCCAUCCUGGCCGGGGGAGGGGGCUUGGUACUCCUCCUCAUCAUCAUCACCUCGGUGUGCUGUUGCCUCAGCCGACGCAAGAGCCAGAUGCGCUUUGAAGAGGAAAGAGAGUUGAGACUAGCCCCCCUGACCAAGACCCAGCAUCCUUACCACCCAGAGGGCCAGACAAAGCAUCCUUCUCAACCAGAGGGCCAGAAGCAAAGGCAGAGACCCCCCGGGGGGGCCCCACCUGGUUCCACCGGCCCCAGGCCCACGGCCAGAGCCUCUGGCCAGGCAGAGCCCCAACCCAGAGCCCAGGCUCGAGGGAGGCCUCCACAGACACCAAUGGAUGAUGAUGAGGAGCAGCCCCCACCACUACCCCAGCCCAGGAAGAAAGGCCCUCACCCCCCCAGGCAAUGAGUCUGGAAACAGGUUUAGCCUAUAUACUUUCUGAUCCAAGGAAAGGAGUUCCAGCAGCUCACAUGUUGAAAAUGUUGUUAUCUAAAGAAUAGAAAAGGAAGGAAAAAACACCCACACAGUGUUCUAUUGUACAAAUGAAUGUAGAUUAUUUUUACACUUGUUUUUAUAUAAAUUAAAUGUUUUUCUUCCAAUGCCUUUUCAAAAUUCUGUUUCAUUGUUUUUAUGUUGAGUUGAGUGUUUAUCAAAAUCAUCCAUAGGUUGUAGCCUACCUAUCUAUCCACCUCCUCUUGAAGUAGUGAUCUUAACUUGAUGUCUGUGUGGUUGUCAAUAAAAAGUUAAGAAUUACAGGCACAUAGUCAUUGACUGAAUUAUGUGAUUGCCAACCACAAAGCUAAUAAUGAGCUGUGCUUUGAGGCAAUGUAUGGCAUCUUUCAAUGAUUAAUAGCUGACAGACCUGGGUUCACUUCAAAUACUAUUUAGAGUAUUGCAAUUACUUUCAAAUACAUUUUGAAUUUAGUAUAUGGAUAUUUUUCUAUGAAAGUACAAGUACACUAAACAAAAAAUAUUAAGGCAACAUGUAAAGUGUUGGUCCCAUGUUUCAUGAGCUGAAAUAAAAGAUCCCAGAAAUUG